UCUCUCUCCCUCUCUGUGCGCUCUCACUGUCCUGAGAAAUUACAACAUUCGUCCAGGGGUGAGGUGAGCAGCCCUAUCAAUCCUCUGUUACACUAUUCCAAAGAAGCUCAAGCCUUUCUCAUCUCCAGAGGUUCUCAAGCUGUGUCCAGCUGGCAGGCUUUUAAAAUGGCGUAACAACAUUUCCAGUGAUGCCGGACCAUGACAACACGUCCCUCUUAAGUAGACAAACCAAGAGAAGAAGAGUUGACAUUGGAGUGAAAAGGACUCUAGGUACAGUGUCUGUAGCUUUAGGCCAUUUAAGAACAAGCGAUUUUAGUGCCAUGAAUCCCCACGGAGCUGAGCAGGAUGUCAACUGUUCAGUGGUGCAGCACACAGACAGUGAGAAGUCCAAUGUGCUUCACAAGUUGCUGAAGCGGGCCAACUCUUAUGAAGACACCUUGGUGACCUUUCCUGGGGCCACCAUCAUCUCCCAGCUGCUGAAAAACAAUUUAACCAAAAAUGGGGCAAACGAAUCCGACUUCCAGAGCAAUGGCCUCUCCAGGACAGGCUCGGAGAUCCACCAGGAGGAUGCCUGCAGCACCUCGUCACGGGGCAGCCCUCAGGAGUGUCUGUCCCCUUUCAGCAGGCCUUCUAUGGCACAGUUUGACAUUGAUCGGUUGACAGAUGAGCACCUGAGGGCUAAACGUGCCAGAGUGGAGAACAUAAUCCGCGGGAUGAGCCACUCUCCAAAUGUCACACACCGUAUAGGUGAGACUGAGCGUGAUGGGGCACCCCAACCCCUAAGCCCUCGAGAGAGUUACAGGGAAAACAAGCGUAAGCAGAAACUACCCCAGCAGCAGCAGAGUUUCCAGCAACUCAUUUCUGCUCGCAAAGAGCAAAAGCACGAGGAGCGCCGUCAUCUCAAACUACAGCUUGAGGACAUGCAAAAACAGCUCCGUCAGCUCCAAGAAAAGUUCUAUCAGAUUUAUGAUAGCACUGACUCUGAGAAUGAUGAAGAUGGAAACCUCUCAGAGGACAGCCUGCAUUCUGAUGGAAUGGACAAUCAUAUCUCUGACUCUGUUACAAACCGUUCAGAAAAUGAGAUGUCUGACCUGGAUCCAGGACAUUUCUUGGACCAGGCCCAGGCACUUAUUUGUGAGCAAACCAUGAUGGCCGAGGGAGAGAAGCCCAAACGGGAUGGCUCUCGAGGAAAAAGUCAUAGAUCAAUGUCCAUGCAUGCAGAAGGGAAACAACUAGCAGAAACGCUGAAACAGGAACUAAACACUGCAAUGACCCAGGUGGUGGACACAGUGGUAAAGGUCUUUGCAAAAACCCCAUAUCCACUUCCUCAGGGCUUCCCAACUGUGCAGACACCCUCUGACCGCUUUGUAGUGAAUCGCGAGAACCCGAAUUUUCACACUACUAACCAGCGUUUACAGUGUUUGGGUGAUGUCAUUAUUCCCAAUCCCCUCAAUUCGUUUAGCAACAUGCGAGUGCCCAACUCAAAUGACCAAACAGAGGCCCUGCCUCUAGUGGUGAGAAAGAACUCCACAGACCAGCCUGGAUCUCUACCCACACCUGCAAAUCACCACCCUGGUCUUCACCCAUCACCGUUAUCCUCAAGUAUGGCCUUCAGUCCUCCAUCCUUCCGCCAUCCUUUUCCUCUUCAUAUUAUGGGUUAUCCUUUCCAAAGCCCUCUAGGUGCCCCAAGUGGGCCUUAUCCAGGCAAGGACAGGUCUUCUCCCGAGUCUAUGGACCUGUCUAGAGAUACCACUAGCCUACGGACCAAGAUGUCAUCCAACCAUCUCAGCCUCCAUCGUCCUAUCUCACCAACGCAUCCAGGAAACCCUGAAGGCCUUUCAAUAUCUCUCAUCAAGUCUGAAUGUGGGGACCUUCAAGAUAUGUCUGAUAUCUCUCCAUAUUCAGGAAGUCAAAUCCAAGAAGGCUUAUCUCCCAACCACUUGAAGAAGGCCAAGCUGAUGUUCUUCUACACACGCUAUCCCAGCUCCAACAUGCUGAAAAUGUUCUUCUCUGAUGUGAAGUUCAACCGCUGCAUCACGUCUCAGUUGAUCAAGUGGUUUAGCAACUUCCGUGAGUUCUACUAUAUCCAGAUGGAGAAGUUUGCUCGGCAGGCCAUAAAUGAUGGUGUGACUGGCGCAGAGGAACUAACAGUCAGUCGAGACUGUGAGCUCUAUCGUGCUCUCAACAUGCACUAUAACAAGGCCAAUGACUUUGAGGUUCCGGAACGAUUUCUGGAAGUGGCGCAGAUCACAUUACGGGAGUUUUUCAAUGCUAUUGUGGCAGGCAAAGAUGUUGAUCCUUCCUGGAAGAAGGCCAUAUACAAGGUCAUCUGCAAGCUGGACAGUGAGGUCCCAGAGAUUUUUAAAUCUCCCAACUGUCUGCAGGAGCUUCUGCAUGAGUAAUAACUGGUAUUGCCUAGUACUUAACAACUUCACUCUCCCCCAGAUCUGUAUGAAAAGUAAGGUAGCAUUUUUAAAUUUUUAAAUUCCAGCUACUUUGUUGGCUGUUUGUGCUUCUUUGUCUAAAAAAAAAAUAAGUCUGAUAGUUUUGACUGCAUUAAUCUUAGUCAACUCCUUGCCCCUGUAUGUAUAAAGGGCGUUGCUAUAUUUACCACAAGAUGGUAACUAUACAUAGAUGGUACCCAAGAAAUCCCUCCAUUUUUUGGGCAUUUUGUUAAUGGUUUGUUUCAUGCCAGGAUGUUUGCAAUGUGUGAUUACAUUUUUAGCUGUAUAGAUGUGAUUAUUAUUUAUGAAUAAUAUAAUUAUUACUAUUAAUGUUAUUAAUGCUUGCAAAAACACUUGUGGUAUUCUUGUUUCUCAUGGCAUUGCUGAAUAAAUUAUUCUUUGAAUAAAAAAGAUU